AUGGCGACGGAUGACGAAGAAGCAGGAAUGCGGAGACUUCUUCGGGCGGGCCCUCGAGCCCUAAUUGCGUGGCGUCUCACCGCCGCGGCCGCCGUCUUCCUUAUAACUUGCCGUCGGAUCGGUCGUCUACCAGAAGAAAUGUUUGCGUCGGCCCAAAGUGCCGGCUUCGCCGCUUGCGCCUGUUCCGCGGGUGCCAUCUUCGUCUGCCUUUUCUAUGUUCCCGCUCUCGUCUUUAAAAUCCAGAAUAUCAAUGAGCAGGUUUGAAUUGAAUUCUGUUAAACUUUUGCAUUUUCUGACGGUUUUUUGUAUUACCCAAUCAGGGAAAAUUUUUAUUUUUUGUCUUUUUUUGAAGAUUGAAACUUGCUGGUUCAAAAUUGACUUUCAUGAUUUUUUCUGUGAGUAAGGAAUGAUCAUUCUUUGUACAGUGCUAGUCUCUAAACUGAUUUUUCGAGUUUCUGAAAAAUUUUUUUCUUCGUAUUUUUUUAAUUUUUUUCAAAUUUUCGACAAAGCCAACAAUAAAUUUGAGCCAUUUUUUUGAAUGAUAAAGGAUUAUUUUUGAAUCAAAAUUGAUUAAAACCAGGAGUUUUUGUACAUUGCAUCAGUUUUCCGAUCUGAAGCCUUGAUCAGUAGAAGAAGCGAGAGAGAAAACGCAGCCUGAAGAGAGGCCAGAGAAUUAUAGAAUCUUUCUUUCUCUGGCGUCUCUUCGUUAUGCGCUGCUCUCUCCUUUUCGUUUUUAACUUUGGUGCAUUUACAAAUUCUCAAUAAAAUCAACUGUUCUGCAACUUUUAUUUUUGUCCAGAUGAAGGGAUUCCUGAUCGUCUAGAUUAAAAAUCAAACCAUGAAUUUUUGAGCUUAUGGACUUUUUAAGAAUGCUUUUUUCCCCAAAUUCCUAAGACUUUUUUCAAAAAUGAGCUUUCCAGCUCCGAGUUGACAGCGAGGAGUUCCGCGCGAUGGCCGACAUCACCUGGCAAGAGCUCAUCGUGACGCGACGUGCUAAGAGACAGGUUUUUGCGAUUUUCUUGUCUUUUUCCAUCUCCUUGAAAAACAUACCUCGAUAAUAUUUUGUUUUGAGGCUUACGGAGAGACGCCAAAGAAGACGUACGCUCUGCACACUGCCUACGCGAAACCGGACGCUUUCGUCGAGGGCGGCGGAUCCACUUGCAGUGAGUCGCGUAUAAUAGACUUUCCGAAAAAAGCUUUGAGAGGAUUUCUUUGAGAAUCUAUAAGUGGAAAAAAAAAUUGUUGAUGAGUUGAAGGAGCACAGGAAACUUUUAUAAAGUUCUCAUAACCUGAAACUUCUUCAAUCAGACUUCUGCGUCUUCAAACACCUAGACUGAUCUGAAUAGACUAUUUUCUGACCUGAUAUUUCUUAUAAGUGAACGUUUGAUGGUAUUUCGAAUGAAAAAAAGAGUGAAGGAUGUCUUUGAGAUUUUAUAAGUGGAAAAAAUAUUUGUUGAUGAGUUGAAGGGGCACAGGAAACUUUUAUAAAGGUCUCAAAGCCUGAAACUUCUUCAAUCAGACAUCUGCGUCUUCAAACACCUAGACUGAUCUGAAUAGUCUAUUUUCUGAUCUGAUAUUUCUUAUAAGUGAACGCUUAAUGGUAUUUCGAAUAAAAAAAAAGGAAAAGAGUGAAAAAUAUCUUUGAGAUUUUAUAAGUGAAAAAAUGGUGAGUUUAAAGGAGUAUAAUGAAACUUUAAUAAAGGUCUCAGAGCGUGAAAAUUAUUCAAAAUUCAGACUUCUGCAUCUUCAAACAUCUGAAAUGAUCCGAAUAGACUAUCUUGUGACAUCACCUAGCUAUUAUUAAACUUAAGCUUCUCACUUUUAUACUCUUAAACCUUUUAGGUCGAAUUUAUGUGGCUUCACAAGCUUUUGAGCCUUUAUAAAAUUCAUUGAGCUGUUAUAAAAGAGCUCUCAUCCAAAUUUAACAAAAUUCGGUAUCCUCCUUCUAAUUAAAACCAUCGCAGGCUGCAACGGAAACAACAACUGCCCAGCUGGCCCACCAGGACAGCCAGGAAAGCCGGUAAGCCAAAAAUUUCCUCUCAGAAGAAGAUCUCAACGACUUCAGGGACUCGACGGCGACGCCGGAGAGCCAGGAAAAGCCGGACCACCAGGAUUGGCCGGAAUCGCGCCACCAGUCACUAUUGAUCCAGUUAGUCUUCUGAUAACUUCAGAAAAAUCAAUGUAUUCUUACAGAGCCGAGGCUGCCGCGUCUGUCCCAACGGACCUCGCGGACCUCCAGGACAGCCUGGAGAAGCUGGACCAGUCGGGCAAGAAGGACAGCCCGGUAACCCAGGACGCAUCGGAGAAAUGGGUCGUGAAGGAUAUCCAGGUCAGCUUACUCCUAAAUUUCAACUAUUUAAGCUUGAAAAAGUUCAAGAACCAAGUGGUCUCUCAUAGAAAUAGUUACAAAGGAAAGCAGACAGAAAGAGAAAGAAUGGAUCUUGAACUUCCAAUUUUAGGUCAACAAGGAAUCCCCGGAGAGCCUGGAAAGUCUGGAAAGCUCGGAGAGCCAGGACCACCAGGACGCGACGGAAUUCGCGGAGCCAAGGGAGCCAUGGGACCGAAGGGAGAGCCAGGACCAGCUGGUCAGAAGGGACCAACUGGAUAUCCUGGUCGCGACGGACAGCGAGGCAGCGACGGUAGGAUGAAGGGCUUUAGUUCUCGCUCAAAAAGUAGUUUCCAGGAGAAGUCGGACCAGUUGGACCUACUGGACAAGUCGGCAUGCCUGGAGAGACUGGACAACUGGGUCUGGUUGGAGCUCCUGGUCAACCUGGUUAGUGACUUUAUUUCGUUAGUGAAAUGACCGAAAAUGACUACAUCAAAAUGCGUGUUUUUUCAGUCUCUUUUGAAAGUCCUACUUGAACCUAACCCUUUAUCUUUUUACAACCGUGGCGAAAAAUGUCUUAAGAAAGGAGAAUGAAAGCAAAUUCAAACGGUGAUACUUCAGGUGCGGACGCCAACUACUGCAAAUGCCCCGACCGCAGCGCCGGAGUGAACAAGUACGAGAACACCCCCUCCAAGAACUACGAGACUCCUUCGGCGGCCGUCGAAGCGCCAGCCUACGAGCCUCAGCCAGUGAGUAGAAUAUUUAGCUGUCAAGUAAAACUCCAGGAUAUCUUAGUCAUUUAUUAGUCAGUGAAUUAUAAAGAGCACAACCGAGGAAAUGUUAAGAUUGGCCGGUUAGGAAUGAUGGUCAUUUAUUCCCCUAUGAAAUAUUAUUUAACUUAUUCAAAAAAAUCGUUUUUUUGAAUUGGAUCUACGAUGUCACCGUGAGAAGAUUAGAAAUAUUGUUUGUCAAUCAAAUGCAUAUUACAAAUAAAAAAAUAUAAAAAAAUAUUGAUAUUCAAUCGAUAAACCCAAAUCAUUUCUAACAGGCCCCCUUAAUAAAAAAAUAAUGUUUUAUCAGCCGGCGACGUACACACCAGCUCCCGACGCCGCCGUCGAACAACCGCGCAGCCCCUACCGAAAAUGGAAGUGGCUCCAAUGA